CGUCGCGACGUUUGGGUAUAGUCUCUUGCUACGAUAUUUAUGUCCUUUAAGAAAAUCGUCGAGCGCAACAACGGAAGAUGAGACAUCGAUUCACCGCAAUGGAGAAUCGUCUCAAUUAUUCGAAAUCGGCGCUACUUUAUGUUGCUCCGAUUGUCAUUCGAUCACAAUUUUUAUUGGAAGUAUAGCGGAUUUCGCGAAAAGAAACACGUGCUUUGCGAUACGCAACCUGUGCGUACUUCGUGGGAACGAAAACUUUGUCAAAUCGGUGCAAUACCUACGAUGUCAAAGUGAUCUCUGCGACUGAUUGAACUGACAUCAUCCAUCAUGCAGUCUCCCAGAUUGCGGUUCGUGACCUUGCUGUUGUCCUGGCUGAUAGUGAUAAGAAUAUCAACAGUCUCAGGUCUCUACUUUUCUCAAUCGAAUCUCACUCUAAGAUUUCCGUACCUGGAUCUACACAAUCGAGAGGUCAAGCUAGUCAGUCUAAGAACCUUUCGAAAUGACUCCAUUCUACCGCAAAAUGUGGAGUACCAACUUUUCCCGGAAAAAACGUUCGCGACUUAUCAGAAAGAAACGGGAAAUGUUGUAUUACAGAGUCUUCCAAGAAUGGGCGACGUCAAUACUAUCAUUAUCGAGGCAAGCGAGAAAUAUUCCGACAAAGCGGUUCUCGAGAUAAAUGUGCAGCCAAUACCGUUAAAAGGGAAAAACAUCAUUUGUGCGGAUUACACGCAGGACAUAUGUUUCUGGAACACGUCGAAGUACAGGAUUUACGAGAAUCAACCAGUCACCAUGAUUGGCACGUUUGGCCCGGAGGCGUACAGCUCGGUGUGUCCUGAAUUUCGCAUCAAAUAUGAAUUAUUAAAUGGAACCGAUUAUUUUCACGUAACAGAUGAUAAGUUAUUUGCCAACGCGUUCUUAGACAGAGAUGUUAUCGGUCCACCUCCCAAUGGACCAGGGCCUUACAUCAAAAUCCAAGUAAGAUGCGUUAUUUGGGAAGAAAAGACCGGAAUGCAGUACGCGCGAAUGAAUGUUCUUCACAUCGAUAUCUUAGAUCAAGAUGACAAUCCUCCCAAGGUGCAAGGCCCCAUUUCUAUUUCUAUACCGCUUCAAGAUUUCACCGAGGGUCACAAAUUAGUAGACGGGACCCAUUUGAUCGUGCAGGACAAUGACAUGGUGACCAGUAACCAAUAUAGCGUUCGUUUGAUUGGCGAUACUUCCAACGCAUUCAACGUUUCUUAUCAAUCUCACUCGAUCGAACAUACUAAGCGUCCGGUGCCUUACACCGCCAUUAUUCCCAACAUCCACGCCAAGAAGACGUUGCUGCCAGAAUCGCCGUACCACGUAACACUUCAAAUUACGGAUGAGUCGCUUCUCGAAGGACACGGGCCGAAUUCGGUGAACAUCAGCGUAACUUUCUCAGGACCGGUGCAUCGAACUCCUACAACAACGGUUUCGUCAUCCGCGUCGGCACGAGACUCGUUUUCGUAUCCGUCAAGUGUGAAGAUAGCACGAAUUUUGCCCAAAUAUCUUCGCGUGGCGGAACCUACCGUGAAGCCGCAUCCCUCCACAAUUUUCACCCUGCGUGGUUCGAGCGCUUUCAACGUCACCCAAAAGGGUGGGAUUAUAUACGUGUCUAACGAAACUGAGCUGCAAUCUGAGAACGACGUCGUUCAACUGAAAUUAAAAUGGAGCGGACCGGAUCGCGUAUCGGCCAAGACAACGUUGCGCGUGAUUUUGGUGACACCUGCAAAAAUCGAUACGUGCGAACAAUCGGCUGAAGAGAAGAUAUCUACAUGCGCGAAAGCAGAUUCGCGUAAAAAUUGCGAGAAAUCGUGCGGAAUUGGCAGUGGAGUUUUCAGUAAGAACAGUUUCGUCGGUCAAUGCGUAUGGAGAGGCAACCAAAGCUCUGCUCAAAUGACAGAAUAUUAUUCCACCUGUACACCGAAUUUGGCUCAUUGUCCGGAUAACGAAUGCGACGAACUGGAGAGCAGCAAUCCGCUCAUAUGUCCGCAAGAUUGCACCGAAUCUGUUUUCUUCGGUCAUAUGAACGAAAACGGCCGCGGUAUCAAAACCGGCAUGGGUACCUGCGCGUGUGACGAAGAUUCAAAAUGCGUAUGCAGUGCCGAAACGUUUCAGCAAGCGAACGACGGGCCAGGCACCAAGGACGAUCGGCAAGAUCCCAACAAAUUAAGAGAUCGGGAAAACGAGGUCGUCAUAUCGGACGCGCGCAAAGCAUCCGUUGGAGCGUGCGGUGCCACAUGCAUGAUGGGCAUCUUCGGAGCCAGUUUGUUUGUACUAUUAGUGAUUGUGGGAUCGCUCGUUAUAUGGAGAUACAGGAUAGCAGCGAACCGCGCUCGGCGGGAAUGCAAACAUAGGGUGGAUGAUACGACCAAUGGUAUGGGUAUUUUGCCGUCCGACUACAUCGAUCGCGGUGAUGGUCUCCUGAUCGGUCUAGACACCUUCACGGCGGCAAAUCGUCAUUUGUUGCUGCCUAAGACGUGCCCGACGGACCCGAAAUGGGAAUUUCCGCGGUCGCUGCUGAAGAUCGAGCAAGUGUUGGGCGAGGGCGAGUUUGGGCGAGUUUUGCGCGCCAAGGCUACGAACAUCAGCGGAAUACCCGGAUCGACGACGGUCGCGGUGAAAACUCUGAAAGAAGAUGCAUGCGCGUCCGAGUUGGCGGAUCUGCUGUCCGAAUACCAGUUGCUGAAAGAGGUCCAGCAUCCAAACGUGAUCCGGCUGUUGGGAGCCUGCACGUCGCCUCCGGGAGCGCCUGUCUAUCUUAUCAUCGAAUUCGCUGAAUUCGGUUCCUUACGCAACUAUCUAAGACGCAGCCGGCACUUGGAAACAGAAAGCAGAAUUUCUGAUUCGGUGUCAAUGCUUUCCACCACGCCGAUCAAUCUCGUCAGGGAGUCACGGUUCACUGGUAAUAACGCAUCGAACUAUUCUGUAACGCCACGUGAUAUCCUUUCGUUCGCUUGGCAAAUCAGCAAAGGGAUGUCAUAUCUCGCCGAAAUUAAAUUGGUGCAUCGCGAUCUCGCAGCGAGAAAUGUUUUGUUGGCAACCAGCAAAGUCUGCAAGAUUUCGGACUUUGGUCUGACUCGAGAUGUAUACGAGGACGACGCGUAUUUGAAGAGAAGCAAAGGUCGAGUACCCGUAAAAUGGAUGGCGCCGGAAUCCCUGGCUGACCAUGUGUACACCAGCAAAUCGGACGUAUGGAGCUUCGGCGUGCUCCUGUGGGAGUUGGUCACGUUAGGAGCCUCGCCGUAUCCUGGAGUGGACGUACAUAAUCUCUACAAUCUACUCAAAUCCGGCUAUCGUAUGGAAAAGCCGCCUAACUGCUCGCAACAGUUAUACAAAAUGAUGGUGUCCUGCUGGCAUCAAGAACCAGCCAUGCGACCGUCUUUCAAGGAACUGACUAGCCAUUGGGAACGCAUGCUGGAGGAUGGUGUCGAAUAUCUCGAUCUUAAUCCACGAACCGUUCAUAAUCAGGCCUAUUUUGCGUUUUUGGAGGAUUUAGACAGUCCCAAUGGAUCUGGUAACGAUCAAGUGGACACUGGAACCACUGCCACCACCGUGAAGACAGACACCGUCAACUAUCUCGGUCGGAUACCUUCCGAGUCCGUUACUAAAUGCGAUAAAGUGGACAAACUGCAGACACUCUGGCAGCCAACCGUAGCGUCUUUUCCAGAGGAACCCGGAAAGUCUUAUGUAAACGAACAACCCGCAUGUCUGAGCGCAAAUCAUUAUGAAAGUCCGAUAAAAUUGAGGAACGUCAGUGAAACCAGCAACAGCGAGAACGAUCUGAGAACACCAACUGAACGUCCUCAGUCUUAUAUCGAUAUGCAAGGAAAGAAAUUGAAAGACACGGAAGACCUCUUGGUGUUUAGCAGUUUGGAUGACGACAAAAACGACAAUAACGACGUAACGAACUGAUCGGCAUAAUCUUACAUUAAAUGUUUGAUAAACAAGAAACUUCAAAAAUGAGAAAACACACUUGAAAUCUCGUGUUUUUGUUGUCUUGGAAUGGAUACAUGAUGAAUGAAGGACAAUUGCCUGGAUGAGCAAUUGCGAUGUGAUUGCGAGUUGUAUGAAAGGGAAAGAUAUUUUAUAUAACAUGAGAAAAAGAAAGAAAGAGAUGGAACAACGAGAUGAAAUACGAUCGAGAAAACCAGCGAAUGUAGAGUUGCAUAAAAGUUGCGAAUAGGAGUUAGAAUAAAACGCGAAAAGAAUGUUUGAAAAGAGAACUUCCCUUGAAGAGGGAAUUUACACAGAUAUCCACGGAGAUAUCUACAGAGAGAGUUAAGAACAAAUUAUGUCGCGCAAAACGAUUACUGUACCAGGUAAUAAGUGUCCUAUUUUUAUGUACUUAAAAAUGUACGACUCUGUCGAACUGAUAAGAUCGCUUUUACUACUAUUAAAUAAAAUAGAAGUUACGUAUAAUAGCUAUUUGUGCGAUUUAUCAAAAAACCAUCAUCGAGAGAAUUAUAUUCAAUCAUUAUUUAAAAAAUUUUCUGUAUAACAUUUUAUACACACACAUACAUACACGUACACACUGCAGUGAUGGGUUUGUGAGAGUUUUUCCUCAUUAAAAAAACAAUAAGUUUUUUUUAUCAUAAACACAUACAGAAUGUUUCAAACGAAGAGGCAUAAAGUAUUUUAAUUUUCUAUCGUUAGCAAGAACAAUUUACAAAAUAACCAUUUAAAUUUAAUCAAAGCGCAUAACUUUGUAAAAUAUUUACUACUAUAUUUGAAAAAAUAUUUAUUUAUUACAUUUAUUUCACGAUAUUAUAUGUAGCAAAUCUUUUUCGAUAUAAUAUUCGCAAAUGAGAAUAGCAUAUAUAUUUGCAAUUAAUAGCAAUAUUUGGCGAGCUUCUUUCUGUAUUGCUCGAUACUAUUGAUCUGAAAUUUAAUUGUUAUAUUUUCUUUGAAACCAAGACAUCUAGUGUCGCAUUUUUGUGACUCUUUCAUGCGUCCGAUACAAUACCAGAAGCAGAUUGCACGUCGAAAUACAAUAAUAAGAACAAAGUGUGUGAGUAAUAUGUUUAGGCAGCGUGCGCAAGCUUCGGUUAGCACGACAUAUCUGAAUACAAAGACUGUGUUUCACCGUACUUAACCGAAAACAAAAUCGUCCUUUUUGUAUUUAUGUAUAAAGUGCAACAUUCCACACAUAUACACACAUAUACACACGAUUAGUCUAGUUAUUUAUCAUACGGGUUUUAGAACGUAUGAUUUUUUAACUUAUACCACUUACUUAUUGUGUUUGCGUUUUCGCUCCCGACGCUAACAACAACGAUAUCAAGCACGCACGCGCGUUUUAAAACCAAAUAUUGUGCCAUAUUAUUUUCUUGUAAUUAAUAUAUACAUGUAUUAUAUGUGUAUAUUACGAAACAUACAAACUUUAAGCUUCCAUAACAACUUCUUUAUGUUAUUCUUACCUGAUUUCCAGCGGCGUUUUUCCAAUCGCGCUAUGUCGCAACAAUAAAAUUUUGUUUUUAUAUAUUUAUAUAUUUCAAUAAAAACUUUUGUUUGAAAGUUUACUUUUUCAAAAAAGA